AUGGACACCAUCUUCGCCGUCACCUUCGGAUCGGACCUCGACACGCUGGGCGCAGCGGGUUCAGGCGGCGGCGGCGGCGACGAGGGGAGCCGCUUCGCCGCGGCGGUGGACGACGCGAGCGAGUUCACCCUUCUCCGCUACAUCAACCCGUUCUGGAAGGCGAUGAGGCUGCUCAACGUCGGCCCCGAGGCCGCGCUCAGGGAGCGGGUGAAGACCGUCGACGAGUUCGUCUACGAGCACAUCCGAGCCAGGUUCGAGGAGCUCGGGGCGGCGGCGGCGGCGCGGCAGGGGGACCUCCCCGUGGCGAGGCGAGACAUGCUGUCCAGGUUCAUCGAGGCAGCCACCACCACCACCGCCGCCUGUGAUGGCGCUGCCGCUGCAGGUGCAGGGACUGCGGCGGCGGCGGUGGAUCACAAGUACCUGAGAGACAUCGUGCUGAGCAUCGUGAUCGCCGGCAAGGACACCAGCGUGGAGGCACUCGCCUGGUUCUUUUACAUGGCGUGCAAGCACCCGCGGGUCCAGGAGAGGGUCUUCCGCGAGGCCGGGGAGGCCACCGCGGGCGCCGCCGGCGAGACCGCGUCGUCCGUGGACGAGUUCUCUCGGAGCCUCACCGACGAGGCGCUCGGCAAGAUGCACUACCUGCACGCUGCCCUGACGGAAACUCUCAGGCUCUACCCUGCGCUUCCCUUGAACAACAAGGAGUGCUUCUCGGACGAUGUGCUGCCGGGCGGCUUCAGCGUCGGCAAGGGAGACGUCGUGUUCUACGUCCCGUACGCCAUGGGGCGAAUGGAGUACCUGUGGGGCAACGACGCCGAGGUCUUCCGGCCCGAGCGCUGGCUCGACGAGAACGGCGAGUUUCAGCAGGAAAGCCCCUUCAAGUUCACAGCUUUUCAGGCCGGUCCGAGGAUAUGCCUGGGGAAGGAAUUCGCGUACAGGCAGAUGAAGGUGCUGGCGGCCGUGCUGCUCCGCUUCUUCGUGUUCAGCCUGCGGGACGAGGAGGCCAGCGUCAACUACAGGGCCACCAUCACGCUCCUCAUUGAACACGGCCUCCAUCUGAUGGCAACGCCGAGAUGA